AUAGGUCAAUGACCCCACUUGGAAAACACCAGGAUUGCUCAUAUAAGGACCACAGGCCAGACCAGUGUGCCUAGCCAUGGCAUCUGCUCGGUGGCCCUGCCUCAUCUUGGCCCUGCUCUCCAGCUUGGCAGUCUCUGGCUUCCCAAGGAGCCCCUCCCGGCAGCUUGGGAAACGAAGCCUCCCGGGAGCGGUGGUCAAUGGCAUUGAGGUCUACAGCACCAAGGUCAGCUGCAAGGUGACCUCCCGCUUUGCUCACAAUGUUGUUACCACCAGAGCCGUCAACCAUGCCGACAUGGCCAAGGAGGUUUCUUUCGAUGUGGAGCUGCCCAAGACAGCCUUCAUCACCAACUUCACCUUGACCAUCGACGGCGUGACCUACCCUGGGAAUGUCAAGGAGAAAGAAGUUGCCAAGAAGCAGUAUGAAAAGGCCGUGUCCCAGGGCAAGACAGCUGGCUUGGUCAAGGCCUCUGGGAGGAAGCUGGAGAAAUUCACCGUCUCAGUCAAUGUGGCUGCAGGCAGUAAGGUUACCUUUGAGCUAACCUAUGAGGAGCUGCUGAAGAGGCACAAGGGCAAGUAUGAGAUGUAUCUCAAGGUCCAGCCCAAGCAACUGGUCAAGCACUUUGAGAUCACAGCAGACAUCUUCGAGCCCCAGGGCAUCAGCACACUGGAUGCUGAAGCUUCAUUCAUCACCAAUGACCUCCUGGGCAGCGCCCUCACCAAGUCCUUCUCAGGCAAAAAGGGCCAUGUGUCCUUCAAACCCAGCUUGGACCAGCAGCGCUCAUGCCCCACCUGUACAGACUCCCUUCUCAAAGGAGAUUUCAUCAUCACCUAUGAUGUGAACAGAGAGUCUCCAGCCAACGUGCAGAUAGUCAAUGGCUACUUUGUGCAUUUCUUUGCACCUCAAGGCCUUCCUGUGGUGCCCAAGAAUGUGGUCUUUGUGAUUGACGUCAGUGGCUCCAUGUACGGUCGGAAAAUGGAGCAGACGAAGGAUGCCCUCCUCAAAAUUCUGGAUGAUAUAAAGGAGGAUGACUACCUGAAUUUCGUCCUAUUCAGUGGAGAUGUGACCACUUGGAAAGACAGUUUGGUUCAAGCCACUCCUGAGAACAUCCAAAAGGCCAGGGAAUUUGUGAGGAAUAUUCGUGAUCAAGGAAUGACCAACAUCAAUGACGGGCUGCUGACGGGCAUCAGCAUGCUGAACAAGGCCCGGGAGGAGCACAAAGUCCCAGAGAGGAGCACCUCCAUCAUCAUCAUGUUGACCGAUGGGGACGCCAACAUGGGUGUAAGCAAACCUGAAAAAAUCCAAGAGAAUGUGCGGAAUGCCAUUGGGGGCAAAUUCCCCUUGUAUAACUUGGGCUUUGGCAACAAUCUGAAUUAUAACUUCCUGGAGACUAUGGCCCUGGAGAACCACGGGCUUGCCCGGCGCAUUUAUGAGGAUUCCGAUGCCAAUUUGCAGUUGCAGGGCUUCUAUGAGGAGGUGGCCAACCCGCUGUUGACGAGUGUGGAGGUGGGGUACCCUGAGAAUGCCAUCCAGGACCUCACCCAGAACACUUACCAGCACUUUUACGAUGGCUCUGAGAUUGUGGUGGCUGGGCGCCUGGCAGAUGAGGACAUGAACAGCUUUAAGGCGGAUGUGAAGGGCCACGGGGCCAUCAACGACCUGACCUUCACUGAGGAGGUGGACAUGAAGGAGAUGGAAGAGGCCCUGAAGGAGCGGGACUACAUUUUUGGGAACUACAUCGAACGGCUCUGGGCCUACCUCACCAUUGAGCAGCUGCUGGAGAAACGCAAGAAUGCCCAAGGCAAGGAGAAGGAGAAACUCACGGCCCAGGCCCUAGACCUGUCCCUCAAGUACCACUUUGUGACUCCGCUGACCUCCAUGGUGGUGACCAAGCCCGAGGACAAUGAGAACCAGACAGCCAUUGCUGACAAGCCCGGGGAAGAGCCUGUGGACGCAGUGACCCCCUCCACGGCUUACCUGACCAGCUACCAGCCUCCUGUGACACCCUACUACUAUGUGGAUGGAGACCCCCACUUCAUCAUCCAAGUUCCAGAGAAGGAUGAUGCCAUCUGCUUCAACAUCGAUGAAGACCCAGGCACAGUGCUGCGCCUCAUUCAGGACCCCGUCACAGGCCUCACAGUUAAUGGGCAGAUCAUUGGUGAGAAGAGAAGCAGCCAGGACUCUCAACCCAGAAAGACCUACUUUGGCAAACUGGGCAUUGCCAAUGCUCAGCUGGACUUCCGGAUUGAGGUGACACCAGAGAGGAUCACCCUGUGGAAUGGGGCUGCACAGAGCACAUUCAGCUGGCUGGACACAGUCAUGGUGACCCAGGAUGGGCUGUCUGUGAUGAUCAACAAGAAGAAGAACAUGGUGGUCUCCUUUGGAGAUGGAGCUACCUUUGUGGUUGUCCUCCACCAGGUGUGGAAGAAACAGCCCAACCACCAUGACUUCCUGGGCUUCUAUGUGGUGGACAGUCACCGGAUGUCAACACAGACACAUGGGCUUCUGGGACAAUUCUUCCACCCGUUUGACUUUAAAGUGUCUGACAUCCACCCAGGCUCUGACCCCACAAAGCCAGAUGCCACAAUGGUGGUGAAGAAUCAUCGGCUGACAGUCACCAGGGGUUCCCAGAAAGACUACAGGAAGGAUGCCAGCAUUGGUGUGAAGGUUGCCUGCUGGUUUGUUCACGACAAUGGGCAAGGGCUGAUCGAUGGCAUCCACAGUGACUACAUUGUCCCCGACCUGUUCUGAGUGGAUCUGCCAGCUCCUGCUGAGACAGCUAGCCUAGCUUGCCUGGCAUCUGGAACAGGGACACUGGGUGGGUCCUGAGGGAGGGAGGCGAUAAUAAAGGCCAAGGUGAAACUA